AUGAACAAGGAAAAAGAGAAGGAGCAGCUUCUCCAGGAUGCCUCCACGCUCCUCAUGUUCGCCAACGUGGCCCGCCAGGGCCUGGGUCUGCCUGGUGAUUCCCCCAAAGAACACAAAACAUCAUCUCCUCAAGAAACCCACAGUGCUCCAGGCCAGCCACAGAGCGGUGGAUCUAGUAAAUCUGCAACCAUGAAGAACCUGCCGGCUCUGGUGCAUGCUGAAUCCCCGUCUAUUUCGCAGAAGUCUCCAGGGCUGAACCCUACUCAACCGCCUUCAGCUCCACAGAGGUCUCCAGGCCUGCAAACGGAUCGUUCUCCACCGCAACUAAGACACGCUUCAUGGAAUGCUCCUAUUGGAUCUCAGCCACAUAUGCAACCUGCCAGCGGAUCGCUACCGCCGACUCUUCCAAGUCGAGGAUACUUCCCGUAUUCGUACCAAGGCAGCCCAUAUGCUCAGCUGCCGCCUCAACAGCUUCCACUGCUUAAUCAGUCACCUCACUUACAGGAAAACAAAAUUCCUCCUGUUGCUCCCAUCCACCAAUACCGUAAGGAGGAGGUGAAGCAGGAACCCAAGGAGGAACCAGUGCGGAGUCCAAGAAGUGAACAGAUGAAGUCACCACAGAAUCUUCCUGCUCAGGGAAACUUCCAAACACAUAGACGGUCUACAUCGGGCGGUUUUGCAACUUCUCCCGGAGGAACGAAAGUGCCCUUGUCGAGGGGAAUAAAUGUCGAGACAGGCCAAAGAAAUGUUGAUAAUGCUGUUAUAGCUGCAGCCGCUUUGAGUGCUGCGGCAGACAUUCCUCUCCCACUCAAACGAAAGGAUGAGAAACCUGAACUUAAACAGAGCCAACAAAAGGAGGAUUUGACUGAGCCUGAGGAUGAUAACAAAACAGACGAUGAAACGAUCCCAGAGAAUACCCUAGAACGGGUGCUUUGGCAUCAUUUCCCCGCUCCAAUCAAAGCCAAAAGAGAAAAGACCACUUACACCGCCUUCCCCUCAGCAGGAACCCCAAAACCACUUGCACUCAAUGAUGGGACUCCGGAAAAAGUUAAUUUGAAAGAGAAUCCACGCGAAGAACAGGCAGAGGAGGAGAAGCCAACCACUGCCAAUUAUAGACCUCCUCCACUUCACCUCUACAAAGUCGACCCUGAUUCAGGAAUCAUAGGUUGCAUUUGCGGGAUCGAAGAAGACGAUGGAUUCACCAUUCAGUGUGAUAUUUGCUUCCGCUGGCAACAUUGCUCUUGCAUGGGCUACAGAACAAACGAAGAGGUUCCCGAAGACGAAUACAAAUGUUACUACUGCGACGAGCGGAAAUGGAAUAAGUUCAACCCAGACACCUGUCGCAAGGAUACUUUAGCUCGACUUGAACUUGAAAGAGCCCUGAACUGUCGAAGACACUUCCAGGCAAACGAAGAAGAUAAAAAGAAGAGGAAAACAGAAAGAGACACCAAACCCACCACAACUUCCCAGAAUGACGCGCGUCCUGGGAAUACCAAACAAAAGCUGUCUGGCAAUUUGGCGGCAGCAAAUACUACUCCUGCAUCACCUGGUGUUCUGGAUGUUCCAUUGAAAAAUAAUGAUUUACUUGAGGAUGGCGUUACUGCAGAGACUUAUCAAAGCGUUUACUAUAAACUCAAAGACAAUGAUUACAAGACUCCUGUCGUGAAACAAAAAUUAGAGGCGCUAGGUGUGGAAUUCGAAAAUAGCUCUCAGAGAUCGCUGGCGAUCGAGACAGUUCCAUUGGCACUUUACAAGACUACGAAGUUUAGCCAAAUCGUUUUACCCAUUCAUCAAAAGUAUUUGCAAGAAAGAAAUGAAUUGCGCAAAUCGAAGGGGUAUAAUAAGACCUCAAUACAGGUGAAGCCGUAUAGUGAGAACCCAAAGCACAAGUUUAAUGGAGUGCAAAAAGUUGGUCUUUAUAUAACCGAGCGAGCUUCUACUCCCGGAGUGGACACAACCAUCCCUGCUGGAACAUCCGUGAUCGAAUAUUUGGGUGAAGUCGACUUUUUCGAUCUGUACAAGGCAAAUCAGGCCAAUCAGUAUUCCGUUUGGGGAACAGUUAAGCCUAGGGUUGCAGUUGUGCCUUUGAACCUUUUCCAGAACCAACCUCCAGUGUCCGUUGUUCUAGAUGCCCGUUUUGUUGGAAACGAGUCUCGUUUCAUUAGGAAAUCAUGCCCAGCGGCUGCUAAUUGCGAGAUCAAGCCGGUUUACGUUCCUCAGACCAGAAGUUUUAAGUUUGUUGUCGUCACGACUAAACCUAUUGUACUCAAAGGUGAAGCAAUGGAGGAAGAGUUACGAAUCUCUUGGGAAUGGGAUCCACUUCAUCCUAUCAAACAGAUGUACCCUCCAAAUGACUCAGCUGAUGUCAAGGACUGCAAGAAGUUUGAAGAUUUCGACGAGGAUCUGAAGUUCCUUUUGAUUUCUUGUGUGGACGCAAUCCUAAAUUUCACGGAAUGCGGUUGUAACACUGCUCCAUCGACAUCACAAUGCGCCAUCUUCAAGAUCAAGAAAGCAACUUCCUAUUUGCUGAGAUCAACAAGAAAAGCUACAGGCUUGUCAAGUGCAUCAUUGAGCAAAUCUAAAGAGGUCUUGAUGAUGCCUCAACAAGCAAGGGAAUUUGUAUCGUGGAAAGAGAGACUUGUUGAGAGGGAUGGAAAGUUGCACACAGCACUUUUCUCCAUCACCCCGUCAGACGAGUCCAGUGAAAUCGUCAGUGACGAGGACCGUGCCGUUGACGGAUCGAUCACCCCAGGUGGAUAUCAGGCUUCGCAAGGUAACACCGAGACAUACGUCAAGGACAAGUCUACAUUCUUCCGUGUUCCUUUCAAGAAACAACUCAUUUCUCGAGGUCAGGUUUUCGCGGGUAGUACAUCAGUAUCUGCCCCCACUCAGGAACAAAACAUCGCUGACAAUUCAACUAGCGAGAAACCAAGGACUGUGGCAAUACCGAUUGUACCAGAGAUACUUUCUCUGAUCAGAGACACUGUUAACGAGACAUUAAAACCAUUAGCCAGGAUCACCAGUGAUGUCAAGAUUGCUGUGGACACCACGAACGAUAGAAAAGAAAGUAACGGAGGGCAAGAGAAGGAGAAUUUACCUGUUGAUAAUAUCCCGGCUCGCUCUGAUGAAAGUGUUGAAACCGUUACCAAAGCGCCCGCGGUCGUGAAGAAGCUCUCAUUCGCGGACUAUAAGAAGAAAAUGAAAUAG